AUGAGCGAGACCGAGGACCCCGCGGAGGGCGGCGCCGCCGCGCCGGGGACGCGACCCUCGGAGAUGGAGAAGACGUUCCCGCCGUGGAACGAGGAGGCGGUCGUCGCGGACAUCAACGCCGCGACCGGGGAAGAGGGCGAGGGGAAGUGGACGGACGCGGAGGAGACCGCGCUGUGCCCGGAGACCAUGGCGCCGUACGUGGACGAGUGGAAGCGCCCGGAGGAGAUCCUGAAGUCGCAGCCCGAAGUUCCGAUGGUGCUGUUGAGAGAGAUGAGCGCCGAGGGAGAGGAGGGCGGCGGCGGCGGCGAAGAGACGCCGCCUCCCGCGGACCCUGGCGACGACGGCGACGACGCCGGCGCGCCGCGGUUCGCGAAACCGGAAGGCAACCGCGCGCUCGUGGACGAGAACGUGCUGUACGCGGGCACGAAGAGCGCGGAGUGGCUGUGGCUCGCGAUUCGCAACGUCUUCGAGCGCGCCGACGUCGUCGACACCGGGUACUUUCUCUGGGAGAACAUAUGGCCGAAAGCCGAGGACGGGGUCACCCCCGCGGUGUCCCCGACCGGGAAGUACGCGGUCAGAUGCUGGAUCAUGAACGCGUGGCGGUGCGUCUACGUCGACGACAAGAUCCCCCUCGGCCUCUUCGGGAACACGACGCUCGUCGGCGUCCGCCCGUUGAUGAUCUGGCCGCUCCUCCUGAGCAAAGCGGCGUACAAGCUCGCGCAGCACUACCGCGUCUUACACCGCGAAGCCCCGGACGAGGUUCAGGUCGUGAGCUGGUUCACGGGGUGGGAGCGCGAGAGGCUCGGCGUGGAGACGGACCGCGGGCUACUGUACGACAAGAUUCUGGACGUCGUUCGUACGGAGGAUCGCGUUCGCGUCGGACGGCACCGCGCGCUGCCGACGGUGUUCCUCAGGGACUACGACGAGCCGCCGAUGCGCCCGAAGCUGAUCGUGCUGUGCGGUCCGCCCGGGGUGGGGAAGUGCCGGCUCAUGGAUAAGCUCGCGGCGGAGCUCCCGGAGCGGUUCGGCGUGGUGAUCUCGACGACGUCGCACCCGCCGAAGGAACACGAGGCGGACGGGACCAACUACCACUUCCUCGUCAAGGAAGAGUACGAAGCCGCGAUCGACGACGGGAAGAUGCUCGAGCACGUGCGCUGUCACAGCGAACACUUGGAUCUCGAGGGGAAGCGGUACAAGUACGGAACGUCGCUGCAGGCGGUGAGGGAAGUCGCCGGCGGAGGGAAGGUGUGCCUCGCGGCGCUCAACUGGGAGGGCGUCGCGCAGCUCCGCGCCGACCAUCGGGUGGAGGCGCACUACGUGCACGUGCACCCGAGAAGCGAACAGGUAUUGCGCGAGCGCUUGAUCGCGCGUCUGAAAGAGCACGAGAGCACGGUCCAGAAGAGGCUGGAGCACGCGAGGGAGGAGCUCCUCAUCGCGCAGCCGGGAGGUCCUCCGAAGCCGCCGGCGGCGGAGGGCGCGGACGCGGACGCGGACGCGGACGCCGCCGCGGAGGAAGGCGAUGUUUCGGUCCCCGAGCAGACGACGUACCACGAGGUUCUCCUCGUCGACGACAUCGACGAGCUGUACUACCAGAUGAAAGUCGCGGUGUCGCCGCUGUCGCCGAUCAUCCGCAACCGUCUGCGAGGACUGCCGUCGUACAUCCUGGACUACUCCGACGUCAUCCCGUCGAAUAACACGGAGCGACCGAUCAUCAAACCGGUCGUCUUGACCGGGCCGAACUUUCGCGAGAAGGCGGUCAUCGAGAAAGCCGCGCUCGAGGAGUUCCCUGAGGUGUUCGCCUCCCCGAAGAUCAUCACGACGAAGCCGCAGCGGCCAAAGUACGCGAGCGAGGACGAGCCGGAGGAGCCAGAACACAGCGGGAUGACGCACGUGAGCGACGCCGAUUUCGACGCCGCCGUCGGAGCGGGCGAGUACGCGGUGACUUGGACGGACCAGUUUGUGCACGAGACGCUCGUGUAUCGCUACGCGAUUCCGAAGGAGACGCUCGAAGAGGCGGCGAGGGACGAGAAGCUGUGCCUGUGCGUCUUACCCACCGCCGCGGCGUCGGACGCGUUCAAGGAAUCGCGGGAAGGGGACGUCAUGUCGUUGUACCUCGGCCCCGCGACGAUCGAGACGUACGAGGAACGGCUCCGCGCGUGGUUGCGAGAGUCGGACGAGAGCAUCGAGAAGAUGAUGAAAGCCGCCGCGGAGACGAGGCACCGCGGGUUCACGGACGGUCUCUUCGACGUCGAGCUCACGGACGACGACGAGAGCGAAGCCCUGGAGUCGUUCAAGGAUAUCAUCCGUCUCGUGCGCCCGGACGUCAUCGCGCCGCGGGAUCCGAGCGAGGGAAAGAAGACGCCGAAGCCGGUGAUCAUCUGCGGCCCCGAAAACGUCGGGAAAAAGACGCUGCGGGAUAAGCUCUUCGAAGAGCACGAGGGUAAGCUCGUGAACGUGAUUCGACACACGACGCGCGCGCCCGCGGAAGGGGAAGAGGACGGCGUGAGCUUUCACUUUGUCGACCGCGCGACGUUCGAAUCUGAGAUCGUCGCGGGCGCGUUCGCGGAGACGUCCGAGGAGGACGGCGAGCUCUUCGGAACGUCGCUCGCCGCCGUGCAAGCGGCGACGGACGACGAGAAGAUCCCCGUGCUGUGCGACGUCUCCGUCGACGCCGCGCGCGGGUUGAAGGCUAAGUACCCCGACGGCGCGUACUGCUACGUCGCGCCGCCGAACAUGGAGGAGUACCGCAGCAGGCUUUUGAACCCGCCGCUCGCGGAAGGGGAGGAGCCGCCGCCGCCGCCGGAACCGGCGGCGCCCGCGGAGGGCGAAGACGCCGACGGCGAGCCCGCGGAACCGGAAGAUCCCCCGGAAAUCGUCGAGAAACUCGACGCCGCGGCGGUUCACAUGGAGAUCCUCACGAACGACGACGACGCGGACCUGUUCACGGACGUCAUCAUCAACGACGAGAUUGACUUCGCGUACGGGGACUUGAAGACCGCGGUCGGGCGGUCGCACCCGACGGUCGUCACCGCGCCGCCGAAGCCCCUGGUCAUCGCGGGCCCGCCCGGGUCGAACAAAGCGGUCGUGUUCGAAGAGCUCCUGAAGGAGUUCCCGGAUAAGUUUGGGUUCCCGCUCGCGAGCACGACGCGCGAGCCCGAGGAUGGGGAGAUUGACGGCGUGCACUACGCCUUCGUCCCGCGCGAGACGUUUGACGCGGACGUCGACGCCGGGAAAUUCGUCGAGUGCACGGAAGUCAUCGUCGGCUACGGCGAGUGGGCGGGCGAAGACGUCGGCAACCCGCCGAUCACGGUGAUGUACGGCACCCCCGCGCGCGAGCUCAAACGCAUCGGUUUGGAAGGGAAGAUGCCGGUCAUGGAGACGGACGCCGCGGGCGCGGCGGCGAUGCGCGCCGCCGGCCUCGACGCGGUAUUCGUCUUCUUCUCGCACCCGGAGCACGACCCCGCGACGCACAGAGAGAACAUCACCGCGCAGACGGGGGAGACGGACGCGGAGACUUUGGAGGAACGCGUCGAAGAAGCGAUCGCGGAGCUCGCGGCCGCCCGCGGCAUCGUCCAAGUCACCGAAGGCGUCGGCAGAGGGAAAACCAAGCCGGUGUUUCGCGACGUCUUGGCGUACGAAGAGCACGCGGCGAGGUACGCGCGAUUCAAAGAAGCGAUCGCGUCCGAGGUGCCGUCCGUGGUGCCCAUGCACACGGUAUGGGGCUUCGGCCGUCCGCGGUGGGACGCGAGCGUCCGAGAGUACGGACGCAAGCCCCUCCGCGCGGCGGUCAUCGGCCCCGCGGCGUGCGGCAAAACCACCGCCGCGCGCCAACUCGCCGAGGCGCUCGACGUGCCGCUCAUCUACCCCGGUCACCUGCUUCGCCAGGCUGCGUACGACGACCCGACCGAGCUCGGUAAGGAGGCGAAGAGGUACCUCGACAGCACCAGGGUCGUGCCGGACGAUUUCAUGAUGACGCUCGUGAAGGACCGGAUCGAGCAGGAGGACUGCGUGACCCGAGGGUGGAUUCUCGACGGGUUUCCGCACAACCACUACCAGGCCAAGGCGCUCGUUGACUCCGGGCACUCCCCGGACAAAGUGAUCGUCAUCGAGGUCGACCACGCGUCCGUGCUCGACCGCACGAGCGGUCGGCUCAUAGAUCCGAUCACGGACCGGAUUUAUCACAAAACGCACGCGCCCGCGGAGGAAGGGAGCGAGGUGGAGAAGCGGCUGACGAUUCGACACGACGACGUCGAGGUCAACGUCCGGAACCGCCUCGCGAAGUUUGAUUUCUCCGACGCGCCGGUGCGAUCGCUGUUUCCGACGACGUCGCACUACGUCGACGGCCGGAAGUCGAUCGCGGAGGUCAGAGGCGCGAUCGAGGCGUUCAUAAAGAUCGAGGACGUCCUCCACGACACGUUCACGCGCACGCCCGCGCUGCGGCUGCCGUGCAAGGAGUACGAGAUUCUCGACGUGAUGAAGUAUAGGCGGAUGUGUCUCUUGCGGCUGUCCGAGCCCGGGAUGGUGGGCGAAUCUCGCACGAAGCCGGUCUGGGUCGACCUCGCGGAGCUCGAGAAGACGGCGAAGAACAUCCUCGUGAACCGCAAGCCGGACGUGUACACGCACGCGGCGAAGGAUGAGCGUUUGGACAUGCUCGACUUGGGACCGGGCGCGGAGAUGAUUCACGUCGACUCGCCAGAGCCGGUGAAGUUUUUGUUGUCCCUAACCGUGGGGCCGAGGGAGCCGCCGCCGCCGCCGCCGGAGCCGUCGCCGCUCGUGUUGUGCGGCGACGGCGCGGAGGACGUCGCCGCGCUGCUCGUGGAGACGUACCCGGACAUCUACGCCAUCGCGUCCGUGGAGGAGUUUGUCGAGGAAGAACCCGAAGCGGCGGAGGAAGCCCCCGCGGAGGAAGCCCCCGCGGAGGAAGCCCCCGCGGAGGCGGCGGAGGAAGCCCCCGCGGAGGCCGAGGUCGAGGCCGAGGCCGAGGCGGCGCCCGAGGCCGAGGCGGCGCCCGAGGCCGAAGCCGGCGCGGAUGGAGAGGGCGAGGACGCCGCCGCGGCGGAGCCCGAAGCCCCGGCCGGACCGGAACCGUACCCGGGCGCGAAGGACGCGCAGAAAAUCCUCGGCGACGGCAAGUGCCCCGUCAUUUGCCUCGACGCCGCGGGGACGCUCGCGUUUAAGGCUGCGGGCGUGAAGGGCGCGACCGCCGUCGGCGUCGGCGCGCCGUUCAACUACAUCCCCCCGCCGAAGCCGAAGACGCCGGACUCGCAGUCGGGUCGGUCCGACGCGCCCGCGGAGGGCGAACCCGAGCCGGAACCCGAGCCGGAACCCGAGCCCCCCGCGGAGGGAGAGGACGACGAAGGCGGCGCGUCCAAACCGCGCGCGACGUCCAAAUUCGACGCCGCGCUCCCUCCCGCGGACACCCCCGAGCUCGUCCUCGAGAUGCUCAAGGGCGUCGCCGGCGUGAAAAAGUACCUCCCGAUUCCAAUCUCCGACGAGCUCACCUCCGUGUGCCACGCGGUGCUGCACGAUUUCGACUGGCACGAGACGGGGGCGCCGCAGAGAGUCGUCGCGACGCUCGCGACGUCCACCACGGACGCCGUCGUCGUGUCGCUCCCGCGCGGGCGGCACGUGCUGCAGCUCAGCGUGGACCCCGGCUAUUUCUACACCGCGAACGUGCGGUCGCUGACCGAGUUCAACAUGGGCGCGCCGACGAAAUUAUUGGAGGAUCUCGAGCUCGCGGCGCCCGCGCAGGCUGACGGCGUCUACCCUGCGGCGGCGACGGGCGACUUCCACGUCUGGUUCCGCCAGACGUUCAAGGUGGAGAAGCCGACGGAAGUCUCCGCGGGUCUGGAAGUCAGCGACAACGCGAUGUCCCCAUUCGCUCGCUUCGCGGUCGUGAAUAACGACGGCCACGCGUCCGUUACGCACUUCGUCGCCGGACAGGCGCCGCCCAAGACGUUCGAGCCCAACGAGCACGGGUACACGGUGAUGGCGUACAGCAAGGCGCUCUCCGACGUCCCCGCCGGGAGGUGGCGACUGUCCGCGCUCGCGGACGUGCCGCUGGUGGACUGGGCGGAGAUGCCGACGUCGGACCCGGCGACGUUCGCGGGGACGUACGCGCCCAACUACGCGCACUUGAUCUGUCGGUUCCGCCUCGCGAUCACCGAGCGGUCGCUGCUCGCGUUUCAUUUCGACUCGGACGUCCCCGCGGGAUUGAAGGUGACGAUGACGGAUCCGGAGGAGGGGUGGGAGACGAAGCAAGCGGAGUACCUGCGAGGCGGGCACAAGGGCCACCUCCACGGCACGGAGGUGCACCGUUGGAACGCGUACACGGUGCUCACGGUCCCCGCGCUCGCGUUCGAGCCCAUGGAGAACGGUCUCGGAUACGUCGUCGUCGAGGUGAAGCUCGACAACGCGCGAUGCGGGUUCGACGUCCAGCCCAACGGGGACAUCCCCGCGCCGUUGACGUGGAAGCUGACGUGUUACUCGUCCGCGCCGGACGCGACGACGUGGACGGAGGACACCGCGCGAGCGGAUUACCUCGAGAGCACCGUCGAGGCGUGGAAUUCGGAGGACGCGGAGCGACAGGCGAGGGCGGAGGCGGCGUUGGCCAAGUGGGAAGCCGCCAAGCGCGGCGGUCGACGCGAAGCCGUCGUGAAGGAAGUCAGAGAGAGAGAGGGCGACGGAGGCGAGGGCGGCGGCGACGAGGAGAGGGUCACGAUCACGCUCGCGCCGGAGGAGCGGAGAGUCGUGCGAAAAGGCGGGGCGCUGUCGGACGCCGCGUACAGAGCGAUGAUGGAGCGGCCGGAGGUGUUGCGGCCCAAGGAGCCGCCGCCGGUGGUCGUGACGGAGGACGUCUACGCCGAGCGCGAGGAAGCGUUGAAGCGGCGGAUCGAGGAGAGCAAGGCGCGUCUGCAGGCGUUCGUCGCGAAGCGCGAGGCGAUGAAGCAGAGCCGCGAGAGCGCGAACCGGCAGAAGAGCGCGGAGUUUGCGACGUGGCGGGAGUUGCAAAAGACGAAGCGGUUCGGGGAGGUGGCUGGGAAGCGCGCGGCGUACUUGGAGUCCAUCAAGCCGCCGCCGGAGCCGGAGCCGACGGCGGAGGGGGAAGGGGAGGGGGAGGUCGUCGACGGCGGCGACGCGAUCGAGCCCGGGCCCGAGGAGAUCGACGUCGGGGCGUAG